AUGACAUCACGGAAAGUAAAGAUGCAGACUGUGGCUCUCACCGUGCUGAGUGUUCUCCUCAGCCUGGACUGUCUGUCUGCUCACCGGGCCGAACAGAACCAGACCCAGAACCAGACCCAAAACCAAAACCAGAACCAGAACCAGAACCAGAACCAGACCCAGAACCAGAGCCAGAACCAGAGCCAGAGUGACAGAAACACUCACAGUGAUGAGUCAGAGCCGAAGAAGAAGAACCAGCCGCACAUCAUCUUCAUCCUCACGGACGACCAGGGCUUCAACGACAUCGGCUACCACAACCCGACCAUCAAGACUCCCACUCUGGACAAGCUGGCGGCGGAGGGCGUGACGCUGGAGAACUACUACGUUCAGCCCAUCUGCACGCCGUCGCGCAGCCAGCUCAUCACCGGCAGAUAUCAGAUCCACACAGGACUCCAACACUCCAUCAUCAGACCCAGCCAGCCGAGCUGUCUGCCGGCACACAUGGACACGCUGCCCGAGAGGCUCCGCGAGGCCGGCUACGCCACUCACAUGGUCGGCAAGUGGCACCUGGGCUUCUACAGGAAGGCGUGUCUGCCCACCAGAAAGGGUUUUGACAGUUUCUUUGGUUCUUUAACAGGAAGUGUGGAUUACUACAGUUACGGGUCCUGUGACGGCCCGGGGUUGUGUGGGUACGACCUCCACGAGGACGAGGACGUGGCCUGGGGCCAGGAAGGAAAGUACUCCACCACGCUCUUCACCCAGAGAGCUCGGAAGAUCCUCGAGAGUCACGACCCCACGGACAAGCCGCUCUUCCUGCUGCUCUCCCUCCAGGCGGUUCACACUCCUCUGCAGACUCCCAAGUCCUACAUCUACCCGUACCGCGACAUGGUGAACGUCGCCAGGAGGAAGUUUGCCGCCAUGGUGUCCACGGUGGACGAGGCGGUCCGAAACGUCACCUACGCUCUGAGGAAGCACGGAUUCUACCGGAACAGCGUCAUCAUCUACUCCACCGACAACGGAGCCCAGCCCUUCACGGGAGGGAGCAACUGGCCCCUACGAGGCCGAAAGGGUACGUAUUGGGAAGGUGGCGUCCGUGGAGUGGCGUUCGUUCACAGCCCCCUGUUGAGACGCCGGAGACGGGUCUCCAAGGCCCUGGUGCACAUCACCGACUGGUUCCCCACGCUGGUGGGUCUGGCCGGGGGAAACACCAGCGAGAGCUACGGUCUGGAUGGUUUUGACGUCUGGCCGGCCAUCAGUGAGGGGAGGGAGUCACCUCGUCAGGAGAUCCUUCACAACAUCGACCCUCUGCACAAACCUGCUGCUCAAACCACCGGCUGGGACGCCGGCACGCGCGCAGCCUCAGGUAACGACCACAAUAAAACGUCAACAAAGAAGAAGAAGAUCCAGAAGCUGAAACCAAAGCAGAAGUCAGCGUUCAGGUUGAAGACUACGAAGAAACCUCGGACGUUUUCCCAUCAUGCAGCUAAGCCUAAAAUCAAACCUAAACCCAAGAUUAAGCCCCUUCCAAAAUCAAAACUCAAACCCAAACCCAGGACCAAAGUCCACCCUCAGAACAGGAGCCUGUCGCACCACAGUCCACGUCCUAAGUCCUACUCCAGCGGCGCUCCGCCAGUGUCAGGAAUGUCUCGCCCGAGGUCUCAGAUCCAAUCACGUCUAAAGUCAAAAUCCAGGCGGAACAUAUCCCAGAAACAGACCCUGUCACGGUCAAGACCGCCUCAACCAAAGUCCCAAACACAGCUCACAUCACAUCUCAGGAACCAGAACAUGUCCCGGCCGACGUCACACCCAGCUGUGCGGCCGUCCGAGUCCCCGUGGGACGCUUCGGUCCAGGCUGCCAUCAGAGUGGGCGACUGGAAGCUGCUAACAGGAGACCCGGGUCACGGAGACUGGGUCCCCCCGCAAGUGCUGCCCACUCUCCCCGGUCGCUGGUGGAACCUCGAACGUGCCGUCUUGCUGUUCCCCAAAUCCUCCGCCCUGAAGAACGUCUGGUUGUUCAACAUCACGGCCGACCCGUGCGAGCGUCGGGACCUGGCGGACCAGAGACCAGACGUGGUCCAGCGGCUGAUGGCCCGACUUGCCUACUACAACCAGACGGCCGUGCCGGUUUAUUUCCCGCCCGACGACCCUCUGGCCGACCCCAGCCAGCACGGCGGGGCCUGGGUGCCCUGGGUGGACGAAGAGGAGGACGAGGAGGGUAAAUAUCACGGAGUGUACAAGAAAGGCAGGAACAACAAGAAGAAGAGGAAGAAGCCGCGAUGCCCGCUGUGCAAGCUGAAGUCCUUCUUCCUGAAGCUGAACACCGGGAUGAUGUCCAAUCGGAUCUGAGGGGUCGACUUGAAGCGAUCGUGUCAAAGACUUUUAACAUGUUUGUACGUCGUUACAUCUUCGCUGUACUCAAAAAAAAAAGAUAAUUGUCAAGUUUUUUUUGCACAACAUGGAGUCGGAGAGUCGCCCAGAUCCUCUAAUGCCAAUAAGAUCACAGACAUGAUCACUUCAGCUCGCCGCCAUCUUCUCACGAGUGCCCGAUAUCUACUCUGAAUGUGAAAAACAACAAAAGCUGAUAAAAGUGCUGCACAGCGGUGAAAAAACAAACAAUACAGUAUAUAAGAAGUCUCAGUAUCAGUAGCUACCUCCAUCAACGGCUCUGGAAAAAGCGUGUUUAAUUCUACUUUUGCUCGAUUUACCAGCCUGAGUAGCUUUUUUGUAGCGUGGUUCUGGUGUUGAGAUGGCUGCAGAGGUGACCAGGUGGCAGUCAUACGCAGAAAGAUACUACUAAGUGCAGCAAAAUGUUUGUUUUCUUUUAUUUGUUUCCUUUAAAUUCCAACCUGUUCUGAUUAUAAGGUGGUUUUCUUUACUGUGGCUUUUCUCCUGAUUUAUUAUGUGAAUCUAUAAAUUGCGUGUCCUCUGUUUCCUCGUUAUUUCUUCUUUUUUUAAUCGUCAAUCAAACCGACAGAGUUCUUGACUCGAGAGCCGCCGCGUGCGGCAGUAAGAUGUAUUUUUACACUGUAACUGAUUUAUGUUUCUUUAACUUUGAGCAGAAAGAAAAGAGACUCUGAAUCUGUGACGCAGGUUUUAACAGAUCGAACUUAAACAUCCCAGAUUUAGGUUUCCAAGCAAACUAUUUACUUUUCACAGUGGAACUGCACGAGUGUGAUGAUUGUUUCUGUAAUCGUGUAACUGUUCUUUCUUUGUGGUCUCUGUCAUACGCAACAUAAUAGAACAAGGUUUUAUGUUUUCACAUUUUUAGUCACGUCGCAGUGAAUACAGAUAUGUUUUUGAGUAAUUGUUGUUGUUUUCUUUGUGUUGUGUCUGAAACAGGCCUCUGGAUUGUGAGGCUGCUUGAAUGUAGAGCCGACUGCAAGUCUAUGAAUUAACAGAAUGUGUUUUUAAUUCACUACGUUCUGCUGUGAGCAGCAGAAAGCGUCUCUUCAGCAUGUUAUUUCACAACUUAUUCAGCCCCAUAAAGGCCGAACUAAAUAUACAUUUUUAAGCUUUUUCAAGACAUCGAGUCCUAAACAUCUUACAGGAGAGACAUUUUUGAAAAGCAGUGUUUUAUUUUUAUUUUUAUUAGAUUAAACCAAAUGUUUGGUAAUUUCAACCAUGUUUUUAUUUGUUUUAAGCAUUAAUCAAAUGAAAACAAUGUUUAUAUCGCUCUGGUGUUAUUGUUCCCACUGAUAUCUGUGUAAUGAUCUCUUCUUCUAAUGAAAACAAGAUGAACCGGUUGAACAUAAAGUCGCUCACAUGUAGAAGUCCUAAUAUCUCGUGCAUUCAGAACACAGACAGGAAGUGAAACGUGUUACAGCAGAAGUUUUACCAGCAUUAGAAACCUCUUUGAAGUAAGAUGCUGGUUUCCUUCCCUCGAGCAGGACACCUAACCUCUAAAUAUUUCGGUGUAUUUGCACAACAUCUAACAAACCGCGACUGUGGAGCAGCAGAGAGCUCCUGAGAAACGCUUUAAGUGGACGCUUGAUGUCUCCACCUUGAGUAAAUAAAGGUGAACUAAAAUGUGACGCUUGUGCUUUCAUGUGUUCCAGAGACAGAACACCGUUCAUCACAAACAUACGUGAUGUAAUGUUUUAAUGUCUCUUGGGUCAAGUCUUCUUUCAUGUGUCUUUAUCUUCAAACCUUUAACUACGUCUUCUCAGUGCACAGACCUAAUAAAUGAAUAUGAACAUA